CAGAUUUCAGGUUGUAAGACUUUUUCAGCCAAGCCGUUCUUCAUUUACGCAACUGGAUCAAAACAGUUAACCCUGAUGUACUCUAAACAGAGCAAGUUAUACUCCAUUAUUUUGUUUGCAGGUGUGGCACUUUUCCUGAAAGUGGACAUCGCUUUCUCAACAGUUAAGCUAGGAGGCACACCCUGGACUUACGACCGAGGAAUAGCCGGAGCCAAAGGCCCGGAUGAGUGGGAAACGUUAAACGGUAACUGGUCUUGCAAUGGACGUAAACAGUCCCCAAUCGACGUGGGCACAGACCAGGUGAUGCAGAAAGACCCCACCAAUCCACCCAACCUGAGGCUGACAGUGGCUGGCAAUAAACCAAUCACCGGUGAGAUUAGGAACAAUGGAUAUGCGCCCACGUUCUUCCUCGCAGAGGAGUUGACGGUCAAGUUAGCAGGCGGUCUACUUCAGGAAAACUACUUUCUGAAGCAAUUUAAUUUUCACUUUGGCUGCAAUGAUACAGUUGGUUCGGAGCACACAAUUGAUGGCAACACGUAUCCGAUUGAGUUGCACAUGGUAUUUUGGGACAACACUAAUUAUGCGACAUAUGAGUUAGCAGCUCAAGGAGAAGAUGGUCUGGCUGCGGUUGCUGUACUGUACGAGCUUCCUAUGGCAAACAUUAGUGCCACACCAGCAAAUAAUGCUCUGGAAAAAAUUGCGCGUCUUCUUAACAACGUCGUCGAAGAGAACAGCAAUUACGUGGUAACACAAAGCGAAGGGCUGCAUAUCGAGGACUUGGCACCAUUACUCGUAUCCCCGGAUGUUGCAGACAGGUUUUACAAAUACAAAGGAUCUCUCACGACUCCCGGGUGUUAUGAAUCGGUCACGUGGUUUGUGAUGAACAAUCAUCCACAAAUAACAGAGCAAGAAAUGAUGGCAUUCCGAAAUCUAAAGAGCAGCAAGGCGCAUGCUCAAGGUCCAAAUGUUGGUCGUAUGUGCAAUAACUUUCGAAACGUUAUGCCACUGAAUGGAAGACAGAUUCAUAGCAACAUCGUCCUAGAGUGAACAGAAAGUAUCCAUCUUUGUAUUUCUCAUAUCUACAGUAAGGUUGAUUGAAGUUCUAACAGGUGAAAGAAAUCCGGGUGGUAACAAGAAGGACUGGCACGAGCUCAUGUUAACCAUGGCUGGAAUAAAGGAAUGAACUGUUAUAUUAUGCUGUGACAAGUUGCAUUAGUUUUCGUCCUCUAAGAAGCAUGUUUGAAGGAAAGUUCUAUAGAUCACUCCAAAGACGAACAAUUAGUGGACACAUGUACAUGUAAUCCAAAUGAUGCAGACGCCUAUUAUAAUCAUAAAAGGUCUUAUGAUCUUGCAAUUUCUGCCUCCAGUGUCUGUUGCUUUUUUCCUUGUGAAAGUCAAGUUAAUGAUGAGUAAUUUUGGUUAAGUAAACUGGAACCGGAAUAUGAUCAAAGCGCUCGCGGCAUAGAAUUGGUUGGAUUGCAAUGAGUGCUAAUCCGUGCAUGCCAAAAUGCAGCUACGAGACAUACUUGUAUAUGAGUUAAUUUGUUAAAUACAUAAUUAUUGUAAAUCCCACGAUCUGCAUCGCAAGCAUCGCCAUCAGACUCCAAAAUGCUGGCAUUCGGACGGCUUUCUUCAAUAUUGCAAGCAAUCCCAGAAGUCCACGUACUUUUCUUAGAACAAAUGGUAUCAAGCCAAUGCUUAUGUCCUGGGAGACCAGCCAUGUCAGUUCAAGUUCUUUAGAGUGAGGAAUUUUUGCAAAAUUUGAGCAACUAAAUGUUGCGUGUCGUUCCCUUAAACAGCAGUCGUAGGCAUGCAGGAAGUAAAGAAUCGUCCCUAUAUAAUAGAACUCAGAGAAAACCGAGGCUAAAGAAUGGAUAGGAUACUGCUACUAGUAUUAGUUGUCAGCGUCCACCACUUUUUCAUUAACCAUUCUAGCUGAAUGUAUUUUCUUCCUACAACUCUUAGACUGUCUAGACUGCUCUAAGUUCAGUUAGUCACUUUUUAACCAGCCAAACCACAGAUGCCCCAAGCUCCAGCCGUGAGAUGAUCAUCUUGCAAAGUAAGAGUCAUGGCGAAAUUAUAACAGUUUGUAGGCGAAUAUUUACGACCG